UAAAAAAAUAGAGGAAAAAAUCCCAAAUUAUUCAAUCUAUAUCCCCUUCUUAAUUACAGCACAUAUAUAUAUAUACAUUAAUUCAACACCUAGGAGUAUUAAAAAGGCAACAGCAACAACAAGAAGCAGAAGAAGAAGAACCAACCACAAACCAAGAACACUAAGGAAUGAAUGAAUGGAAUUGAGUGAGUCAUGGGGUUGGUUUUUGCAACUCCCAUGAGGAGCUGCUGCUGCUGCUCUUCUUUGUGGCACUAAACAAUGCAGAAAUGGCAGAUUCCCAAUCAUCCUUCACCCUCCUCAGGAGACACCCAUCAUUGCCCCCCCUCCUUAACACCAACCCCUUUCCCCACCCCUUUAAAUUCCACACAUGUAUAAUACACAUACACUCAUCCCCCCCAUGACAUGAUCUCCUCUCCCUCUCCCUCUCCCUCUCCCUCUCUUCUUUACACACACAAUCCACCUCACUAGCAUAGCAUUACACUCCUUGCUGCUGCUGCUGCUGCUGCUGCAUCUGUUGUGAUAAUAAUAAUAAUAAGAAUGAAGCCUUGCUCGAGCUCGGUGAGUAGCUUCUACGCGAACAUGGCGGGGGGGAUGGAGGAGCUGGAGCAGGCGGUGGCGGCGGCGGGGCCGGGGGGUUUCAUGUCGGUGCAGUUCCUGCAGCGGGUGGUGGGGCUGCUGCGGGGGCUGCACGCGCAGCUGACGCAGCUGGUGCAGAAGCUGCACCUGCCCGUCGGCGACCGCUGGCUCGACGAGUACAUGGACGAGACCGCCCGGCUCUGGGACGCCUGCCACGCCGUCCGCCAGGGCGUCGCCGGGAUGGAGGCCUACUGCGCCGCCGGCGCCAACGCCGUCUCCGCCCUCGACGAGUGGCGCCGCAACCCCAAUCCCUACUCCACUCGCCAGGCGAUGCGGGCGGUGUCGGUGUCGCGGCGGCAGGCGGUGGCGCUGGAGGAGGAGAACCGGGUGCUGGCGGAGACGCGGAUCGAGCCGCUGUCGCUGCGGUUCGACGAGCGGCCGCCGGCGGAGUGGCGGCUGCACGGCUUCAACGGCUUCCGCGGCGUGCUCUACGCGCUCCGCAACGCCAGCGCCGUGCUGCUCACCGCCCUCGUCUGGGGCGCCGUCUCCUGCCGCCCGCAGCGCGUUCACGGUCCAGACCCCGAGAGCUCCCCCUUCUUCGCGUCACCGCUGACGCUGUCGAUGGCGCGUCUGCACCACCGAAUUGCGUCGGAGGCUGCAGACGCGGCAGCUGCCGCCGCGGCAGAAGCGCGGGGCGGGAUCAUGAUGUACGAGUUCCGGAGGGCGAGGGCGGCGACGGAGGAGGCGGCGGCGGAGGCCGAGGGGGUGAAGGAGAGGGUGGAGGAGGUGAAGAGGUGGAUAGGGGUGUUGAGAGCAGGGACUGAGAAUUUAGUUGGCCAAUUGGAUGACUUGUUUGAUGAGAUUGUGGAGGGGAGGAAGAAGCUCUCAGAUUUGUGUAGUCACAGGUAAUUAAGUUAAGUUAAACUACUAGUACUAGUUGUAGUUCUAAUUCUAGUAGUAGUAGUAGUAGUAGAGAGAGUUAUAGGUGCUGGUGCUCUAUUUAGUAGUUGUUGUUGUUCAUGUUUUCCUUUUUUUGAAGUGUUGUAGGAGUAAAAGGAUGUUAGGAUCUUAUAGAAGAAUAGAAAAUAUUAUUGAGCAUAUUUCAAUGUGGUGGUGGUGGUGGUGGUGGUGUAGUAUUAAUUUUCUUUUCAA